AUGAGAACGCAGCUGGCCUCGGCUCUGCAGACCCGGCAUAUUUCGAACGCUCGACCAGCUCUUUCCAAGGCCAAAUUCGAUUGGGAAAACCCUCUCAGAUUAGAUACCUUAUUGACUGAAGACGAGAUUGCUAUUUCUCAGGUCGCUCAUGAAUAUUGUCAGGAAAAGCUAUAUCCAAGGGUCUUAGAAGGAUACCGGACGGAAAUCUUCGACAAGACGCUCAUGCGUGAAAUGGGUGAAUUGGGCCUUCUCGGUGCUACUAUUGAUGGCUAUGGAUGUUCAGGUGUUUCAUCGGUAGCAUAUGGACUAAUUGCUCGAGAAGUAGAAAAAGUAGACUCAGGCUAUCGUUCGGCCAUGUCUGUCCAGUCGUCACUUGUAAUGCACCCAAUUGACGUUUUCGGUACUCAAGAACAAAAAGACAGAUUCCUUCCUAAACUUGCUACUGGUGAAUUGAUUGGAUGUUUCGGUCUUACUGAACCUAACCAUGGCUCGGAUCCUGCUUCUAUGGAGACCACUGCUAGACCCCAUCCUACUAAGAAGGGUGUUUAUCUCCUUAAUGGAGCCAAGAACUGGAUCACCAAUUCUCCAAUUGCCGAUAUUGCAAUCAUUUGGGCCAAGCUGAACGGUGAAAUCCGAGGUUUCAUUGUCGAGCGUGAUAAUGUUGGCAAUGGUUCGUUUGCUACUCCUGCUAUCAAGAACAAGACGGCUCUCCGUGCCAGUAUUACUGGUAUGGUUCAAAUGGAUGAUGUCGAGGUUCCUGAAGAGAAUCUUUUCCCCGAUAUCAAGGGUCUCAAGGGACCGUUCACUUGUCUUAAUAGCGCUCGGUACGGAAUCUCGUGGGGUGCCAUUGGUGCUCUUGAAGAAGCACUCAAACUGGCGCGAAACUACGCUCUGGAACGCAAACAGUUCAACAAACCACUUGCUAGCUUCCAAUUAGUUCAAAAAAAACUCGCCGAGGCGCUCACUGAUGCUGCUUACGGACUCACAAACUGUGUUCAAGUCGGCCGUCUCAAGGACCAGGGUCUAGCGACCCCCGAAAUGAUCAGUAUGAUCAAGCGACGCAACUGUGACGUCGCUCUCAAAAACGCCAGAACGUAA